AUGGAGAAACGACUUGUCACUGUAGAUUUUACCGAGGAUGGAUUCGCCAUCGUGCGAAUGAGGAAUGGAGAAAAUCGUUUAAAUCUCGUCUUUCUCGACAGCCUCAACCAGGCACUAAAUGAGGUAGAGAGAAAUACAGAAUGCAGGGCGAUGAUAACAACGGGGGAAGGCAAGUUCUACUGUAAUGGCUACGAUUUGGAAUGGAUGAAGACUGUGGACAGCGAAACGGUCGACAAAUUACAAAAAGCGGUCGACAAUUCAUUGUGGAGGUUCAUGCAUUUCCCUCUCCCAACGGUUGCGGCGAUCAACGGUCAUGCCUUUGGCGGAGGGGCUUUCCUGGCUAUGUCACAUGACUACAGAGUAAUGCGAACGUAUAGGGGCUGGAUUUCAUGGAACGAAACUCAUCUGAAGUCACGCCUUGGAGAUAUGCUUCUAAAGCAUCUCAGUAUAAAUCUAGUACUCGAUUUCUUUCUUAACGCUUUCAGUAAAAAGGUUCUUGACAUGAAGACUAUAAGGGAAGCGGUGCUAUUCGGCAAACGUGUAACCGCCGAUCAGGCCAAAGAACUUUUUCUGGUUGAUAGUAUGGCGGAGUUAUCGGACUUAAUACCGAAGGCUAAACAGGUGGCACAAGAGGCACUGGGACCUAACGGCAUCGACAGGGACAUGUUACAAAAGAUGAAACAGGAUAUAUAUGUCAGACCACCUGGUGAUGAGCCUUUUCUACCGGAAACGAAUCUAAAGGGAUCGAAAUUGUGAGAUGAUAAUGUAUGAAUGUGUGUAAUUACUGUGAUUUGUUCCCGGAAUCACUCUGUCCUAAUUUCAGUGUAUCAGGAAGAGGAAUCAAAUUCAUUAAACAAUACACAAGGUAUUAGCUUCAGGUUGGAAGCAGGGGGGAAAGCAGUAGUAAAAUCCCUACCAUAUAUCUGUCUUAUCAGUAUUGAGUACCUGUAAUUGGCAACACUAAGGUAUUAUAUACAACCCUCACCUGGGUUGACACUGUGGAAUUGUAUUAAUUUCCUUUUUCUAAGCAGAAUCUUCAGACCAAUAAUGAUAUAAUACACGGAGUGCUUCGUGCCAGUGUUGUGACGUAUGGAUCGGACAGUGAACUGAAGUCCAGAUGUUUCUUGUCAGAGCUGUGCCACAUGAAUCGGACAGUGGACCGGAUUUCGGAAGUUUCCUGCCAGUGUUGGGCCACAUGAUCCGGUUUCUGGACUGGAUAAUAGAUGUUUCUUGCCAGUGCUGUACCACAUGGAUCGGACGUUGAACUUAAUUUCUGAUGUUUAAUGCAAGUGCUCUGCCUCAUGGAUAGAACGGCGGAUUGGGUUCCGGAUGUUUCUGUCCAUUUAACCAUGA